AUGUAUUUCGCAAGUGCUUUGGCUACACUUCUGGCUGCUGCCAGCGUUAGUGCUAGCGGUCCCAUUUAUGGGAUGGAUGGCAUUGCGAAAUAUCCAAUUUGUCCCGAUGGCUACGAGACCUACUGUUGCAUGACGGUUACACCAUACUCGCACUCUUGCAGUAGAGGCAGAUGCUCCAACACCCCAGGUUGGAGCUGCGUGAUUGGACCUGGGAAGGUCGAGUCGAUGAAGUACUGUAUGAAUGAGCUUGGCGGAAACAAGGAUCCAUACUGCAAGAAGCCUGGAUACGAGAAUUUCGGAUCUGUUCUGAGAUGGACAGGUGGCUCCUUUAAACCGAUGCUGGAACCAUCCAACUACCGCCAGUAUCUCCGACCGGGAAUGCACCCACCCUGGGUGCCAUCAGAUGAUGAAAUCAAGUGGGAGACAGAGACUGAAGAGAGUGGAGAUGGGUUUGAAACCGAGUUACGCAAGCGCGAGCCCGACCACGAUGAGACAGAUAUGGCAUGA